AUGUCGCUGCUAUUUGCUCACCUAAGAUCUUGUGUGGGCGACUGCGUUGGCACAGAAUGCCCGGUGUGCCACACGCCAGCCUGGGUGCAAGAUGUGCAGAUAAACCGGCAGCUAGAUAACAUGAUCCAGCUUUGCAGCAAACUGCGGCAUCUACUGGGUGAGGACACCUCAGAUUCGGCAGAAGAUAAAUCUUCACCAACAGACCCAGGUUGUAGCACAAAGAGUAAGAAGGAACAGAUAAAGAUGUGGUUCAGCCCAAGAAGUAGGAAGAUUAGAUGCAUCCUGAACAAGAGCCAGCCAGUAACUAAAAGCAAUGAUGUUUGUCAAGACCCACCUUCAGUUUAUGAUUUCUUUCCUUCCCCUCCUCAUGAAAAGCCUUCCAAGCAGGCCAAAAAGCCAACAAAGAAGCUGAGUAAGAAGAUGAAGAAAAAACGUCUAGCAGACAUCAACAAAGUGUGGGGCUUAGAGAAGCUUGAGGAGAAAGGAGGAGUUGAGGAGAUCCCCAAUAAGGAGAAGUGUGUGAUUAUUUGCAGUCAGCCAGUAGUCCUCUGCACCCCAGAACCAAAUAGCCCUGAGGAGACACUUCAGCAGUCAGGCUGCAGCAAGAAUAUGGAAGUAUCCCCACAGGUAAGAUCCUCCGAGAAGAAAGCUGUUGGGGAGGUUGCAUGUCCUGCACAAGGCAGCAAGGAAGAAGUUUGUGCUCCAGAGAAACCACGGUCAAUAGAAAAUGAAGUUACACCUUUAAAACGUGGACGGGAGCAAUCCAGAUUUCCAGUUACUUCUCAAUCUAAAAGACCAAGAAGAUCAGAGAGGAACAGUAUUAGGAAUUCGUGCCCUCAAGAGGCUUGCUUAGAGGAGUUCCCUCAGGGCAAUCCCAUCUCCCCAGCAGCUGAAAACAAAAGUCCGGUUCGUAUUUCUUCCUCUGUGUCAAAACUCGCUAGCGACACCUUAAUGAAGACCAGAAGCCCUGCAGUCUCUCGAGAAAUAACUAGUCCUUCGCUUUCAAAAGCUCCCUCUACUCCACUUACUUCUAAGACUUGUAAUCAAACAGGAAUACCAUGCAGUCCUUCUGUGUUGAAGUCCCCUGGUAAUAAAACGAUUGCCAGAAGAAAUUACAAAGGAGAGACUCUGCUCCAUGUUGCUUCCAUGAAGGGCGACUUAACAGCUGUUGAACAGCUACUGAAAAAUGGGGCUGAUCCUAAUGUUAAAGACAAUGCUGGCUGGACACCACUGCACGAGGCAUGUAAUCACGGGCACAAAGAGGUGGUGGAGCUGUUGCUACAGCACAGAGCGCUAGUGAAUACUACUGGGUAUCAGAACGACUCUCCGCUUCAUGAUGCUGCCAGAAAUGGGCACGUGGACAUCGUUGAGCUGCUGCUUUUGCAUGGUGCAUCUCGUGAUGCAGUUAAUAUAUCUGGUUUGCGGCCUGUGGACUAUGCAGAAAGUGAAAAGAUGAAGUCUGUGCUAACGUUGCCAGUGAGGAACGCAUCACUUUCGUUUAGCCAGCCCUCUGAGCCAAUGAGCCCUAGCCAGCCAAGGGAAGGGCCUCUUGGUAUACUCGGGAGCAAUCUUAAUUCAGCGCAACAGAAAUUGCUGAACAAACUAGCAACAAUUUUGAAAGCUCGAAGCUGUACUGAAUUUAACAGCACAGUAACUCACCUUGUUAUCCCUGAUGCUCCAAUUCCAAGUACUGUCAAAUGCAUGAUGGCUGUUCUGACUGGAUGUUGGGUCCUCAAGUUUGAAUGGGUACAAGCCUGUCUGCAAACCACAGUUCGAGAACAAGAAGAGAAGUAUGAAAUCCAAGGUGGCCCACAAAGAGGCCGGCUCAACAGGGAACAGCUGCUGCCAAAGUUGUUUGAUGGAUGCUACUUCUAUUUUUUGGGAUCUUUCAACCGCCACCAGAAGAGUGAUCUCGUGGAGCUGGUCAAAGCAGCAGGAGGACAAAUUCUGGUUCGGCAGCCGAAACCUGACAGCGAUGUGACGCAAACAAUCAACACAGUGGCAUACCAUGCAGAACCUACUUCUGACCAGAGAUUUUGCACACAGUAUGUCAUCUAUGAUGUGUCUUCUAAAUUCAAACCAGAGAAAAUUCGUCAGGGUAAGGUCUGGAUGGCCCCCUCCAGCUGGCUUAUAGACUGUAUGAUGUCAUUUCAGCUGCUGCCAAUAAAGUGAAUAUCCCUGUAUCAUGAGCAAGAUUUUACAAGUGGUGAACCCUGAGCAGUUGGAAAACGCUGGCAAACACUGGUCUGUGUUGGGGGAAAGUGAAGCUAUGAUUCCUCUUUUGCACUUAGGAAUACAGGAGAGCUUUGAUUACUUCAAAUGAUUUAUGAAGAUUGCUGUGAUAUGUUGGAAUAAGUGAACUUGCUGUGGAGAAGGGAGGUAAAGAUACUGCAUUGAAAAAUGGGCCUUUAGUUAUUUAGUAAGCUUUAUUUUACAUUUAUCUUCAGUAUAAUGAUCAGUGACAUACUUUGCAACUAAGAUUUUACAAGACACAGCCUCUUAUAGCAUUCUUGAUUUUAAACCAGCCCUUCAUAUGCAGUAGAGCGUGACCACAUUUCUUUUGCAUCUAACCUCUGGCAAGGAUCUACUGUGUGUAUCAAGAUCUCCCAGCCAGGGCGAAAUUCAUAUUUAAAAACAAAAAGAAGACUUUAUGCAUUUUAAUGUAGUCAUUUGCCUAUAUAGACAUAUCUUCCGUUGGACAACACAUUACGUUCUUUAUAACUUGUUACAGCUGAGCAUUGCAGGAAAUUCCUGUCAAGGUGUCAUAGGAUAAGCUCUGUGGAAAUUAAAGCAGAACUAGUGGGCUGAAGUCAUAUGACAGUAGACAGUUUUGAAACCUCUGUCUUUAAAAAUCUUGAUCUAAAUUCAGUUAUUUGUAGUAAGAGUAAUGCUCUGUCCAGAUCCAUCUUCCUUCACACUUGUAAAUGUAUAAUUUGUAUUAGAUUCUAUUUUCUGGAUGUUCUAAAGUAUCAGAUUCUCUGUAAUAAUCAGAAAUAUUACUGUAAGUAGAAGUGAUUGAUAUCAUGGUUACUUUAUUGGGAAAAGAAAUGUAAUGACCACAGAAAAUAACUAUGCUUCACUUUUUGCACAGUUGUACUAGCUUAUCUGGCUACACUGGAGUGAUGUUUGAUCCUUGCAUAUCUAUAAUCAUUUUUUAAUUCUUUCAUAAUUAAUAAGUUACUGUUAGAAUUUUGCUCUUUCUCUCUCUUUUUCGUAAGAACUCUGUGUUCUUACGUCAUGUAACGGCCUUGUAUCUCGUGUGUUGCCCUAGUUUUGUAACUCGUAACGUGAAGAUGGGGUCUCAUAAUGAUUAUUACAUAAUGAGAAUGAUGGUUAUGGGGUAAAACCAAGUUUCUGUGUUCAUGUUUUUGUAUGUAGUCUUGUAAUAAAACCUCUGA